AUGGAUAACAAUAACAGCGAAAACGACCGUCCUGAAGACGAUGAUAGUCGUUAUCGUUUCAAGCUGUUAAGCCUUGGAGCCCAUGAUAAUGGAGCAUAUAUAAUUUGUUUAAUCGGCUUCGAAAAUACCGACUUCUGUGCAAUAGAAUCUUCAAAUCCGAGCAGCCCCGAAACUGAAAAUCUGUCGAAUAUCCUACCGCAUCUUAUCCCAGAAGCCUUAGUAUUCGAGUCGCCCUCGUUUGAAACGCGUGAAUCAGCCCCCCAAAAAAACUCGAAGUUAAACUCGCAGCAAGAAAACCAAGAUUUCCUUUCUACCGGAUAUAACAAAACUCACGGUGAAACCCAGCAGCAAGAUGUUGCGUUGAAAAGGAGGGAAGCCGAAACAACAAGGCCACAAAAAAACGAGGGACACCCGAGGCCACAAGGCAGCGCUGAAAGUCGAAUACGCCUCCAGUCUAACUCGAUUGAGAUCGAGGCCGUAAAUCUUCUAGAGAGUUUACGUAUUCAAUUUUGUCGUCCCGUGCAGCCAUGGAAAAAGCUUGUACUCGCGGGGUAUGGUAUAUGGGGAAUCAUUCUGAAAAGAGCAAUUUUACUAGCCAAUCAAAACCCCCUUUAUUACCGAAUUGCUCUACAAACAUCGACUUUGAUAUUCUUUGCAACACCCCACCAAGUUCCUGAAGUCGAGGUAUGGGAAAAUAUUCUGCUUUCUAUUAUUCAGAAUUGCAACUUCAAGACAGACGAACGUAUAUCAAAUGUGCUCUCAGGGUUAUCGACGGCGGCUACAAAAAUAUACUCCAAGUUUUACGAUAUCCUUCAAAAAUACAUGUUGAUCAACGUGAUCGAAGGGAAGGGCGUAAAUGGAAACGAGCUUCCGCUGGUUGGCGAACUCGGUUCUUUUGGCGGUGAAACAGAAUCCCAUCAUGUGGAGUGGAGAAAGGAGCAGAGCUUAACCACUAUUCUGCGGUUCAACAAGCACUCUCUGGUUGAUCUUGACUUCCUCAGAAAGGUAUUUUUACUGCAAGGCCCCAGAAUCAUGGACGAUACACUUAACGGCAUCAAGACGACAUUUUUACGAGAUGAAAGUAGUUAUGAUCUUUAUUUGCAAUUUCUUCGAAUUCUUUCACCGUCCCGUUGCUUGAUAUGGGAGCCUGAAUCGUUUUUGGCCCAAGAGAUCGACUUAAGCGAUAUAUAUUCUGAAGAUUUCACCACGCUAGAGAUGUAUGAUUGGAGGGGAGAUGAUUCCAGCAGCGAGAUCCAAAUUAUCGGCCCUCCGAACUACGGAAAAUCGCAUCUGCUCAAAUAUGCUUGCCAACAAGUUAAAAGACGUACAGCUAGAGUCCUAGUUCAGUACAUCCUCGAGCCGAACAGAGAUAUUUAUGCGAGCAACUACGGAAUGCUAGUAGCUCUCUUACAUCAAGUGAUUUCUCAACGACCAGAUUUGUUCUUUAGCAUCGAGAAGAUAGUGGAGGAGUAUUUCUUAUGGGAUACUUGGACAGAGACAAAUCUAUGGGAAUUGCUGUCCAUCUUAAUUACAAAUUGCCCUUCUAGAUUAUCAUUCGCUGUCGCCGUGGACUUUAAGCAGUUUAGAGAAGGGGGCAGUGUGAUGUCAGCUUGGCUCAACCGUUUGGGGACCUUUUUCGAUCAACAUUCCACAAACUUCCUCUAUAUUUUUUCGAGCGAGGAUAUAAUUAAGACCGAAAACCUUACGAGCUCUUCAUCAAGAGUCGUUCUGAAUCUCGGCUCUGAAGUCGUAUCCGAGCGUCACGACCGGUUUGCAGAACUGGCUCUCGAGCAGGCUAUCAAACAUAGCCCACGGUUGAAACUUCUUGAAGACAGAAAACAUCUUGAGAUUCGCCUCGCCUUAAGGACAAAACUCUGCGCACUAGAUCUUUGGGUCGCUGCCCCUGAUUUCUACGCGCAAAUUCUUUCUUUAUAUACGCCACGUAUUUUGACACCAAGUACCAUAAUCGAUAGUAUCAGCAUGGGCCCAUCAUCUAUAGCUGAUCUCCGGAGACAUCAAGUGCAAAAAAUCAAAGAAUGCGGAGAGUUUGUAGCCGACUGGUGUAGCCUAGGCAUAUCUUGGGUCUUGAAAGCGGUUCGACCAUUUAGGCUUGAGGAGCUUUCAGUAGCACUGGCAAUUGAUCUCACAGAUAAUUCACUCGAGGAUCUCGAUAGGAGGAUUUCUCGAGAUUUGUCAUCGGAUCUUACCGAGUAUGCUGGCUUCUUUCUGAAAGUUGAAAAUGACCAGAUACAUACUGUUUGUGGUAAGUAUCAAUUGGAGAAAAUCUUAGAGGAGGCGGACCCUGAGCAUUCUCUGAAACGUAUAAACCAUACACAACUAACUAAGUUGUGUCUCCACUACCUGCGGAUGGUCCUUUCACGGCCAGAGGCUGGUAAAGAGUGGGAACACUGCUUAAUGCACUUAUCUUCGCCCUGGCAGCAUCCAACUUCUGCAGUCUUCGCCCCCCACCCCCGAAGUAUGGAGUUUCUCGAUUAUGCUGUUAGGAACUGGGUAGAGCACUAUCGCCAAGCCAACCUCCUAGAAGCUACUAAUGGUAUUCACACAGAGGUGAUUGAGUUUCUCAACGAUUCUCUGGUAAGAGAUAGAUGGCUUCAAGCUUACCACAGUGCUGACUCGGGGCGGAGGUCAGCAUCUUAUACCGCGACGCUACCAUUUGAAGUCGAAGUGACGAAUCUUCCGAAAGUUAUAGGAAUAGGGAGUGCUCUCGAAGUUGCGGAGUACUUCGGAUUUACAUCGCUUGUCGAUAAACUAAGCAAGGAUGUCGUCGAGACUUCAAACUUGGCCUACAACAUCCGGAUUCAGAACGGCUACCGUGUCCGGACCCAAAUCUUUAAAAAUAUUUCAUCAGAAGAGUUUAUCAGAGCUCUUAUCUGCAACGGUAAAAUAUCGCAGUUCAAAGAUUUUAUAGAAACUAAGCAACCUAUGGAAGCGAAGCUGCUAGUUCUUGCUAUCCACCUAGCUGUACAGUCUGGGCGACUGGACCUACUUGACCUAUUGCCACGUGCAGAGUGCAGCAGUAAAAUUAUCAGCGAAUCGGAAAGCUACGUUACUAUACCUGAGCGGAACAUUCUCCUUGCAGCAAUCAUUAGUGGGAGCUCUAGCAUAGUAGAGUACAUUUUGAAAUAUAAAAAUGUGCGAGAUUAUGUUACUUUACUUGGCCUACGGGAUUGGGAACUAGAUCCCCUUCUAUGUCUAGAACUGGACAAUAUUCCAGUUUUGGCUCAUAUCAAAGAGAUACUAGGGCGAAAUAGUCCUCCAUCCCCGAACGCAGCGCUCAAGCCAGUCCACAAACCCGCCCUCCGACGCUUCUACUUCAUUGAAAAGUUUCUAGGGGCGAAACCCAGCCCAAUUGAUAGCGAGCAAGGCUCAUGGACACCUUUACAUUUCGCCGUGGGGUCUGAGAGCUUUGAAGUCGUCCAAUUCGUUCUCAGGGCUAGAUCACGAGGAAAUGAAACUGUGGAGUUUAUCAACCGGAAAACAAAAACGGGUUGGACAGCUCUUCAUAUAGCAGCUGCCCUUGGGGACGCUAAUGUUGUAGAAGAGCUUCUCAGGUCUGGAGCAAAUGCUAAUAUUGAUACCUACAUACAAAAUACCAGAAAAGAAACACCAGCCGAGGUCGCGGUGAAACAUGGUCACCUCCAGGUCCUCAAGCAUCUAUUGCCACGGGCUGAUGAAGACCGUAUCUCACUACUUCAGAUUGCAGCGAAAGCUGGACAGUUGCUUAUCGUUGACCACCUCCUGGAUUGGCAGGGUGACCAAUCUAAUCCAGAUACCCAAAAUUUAUACAAAGCUGCACUGAUAGAAGCAGCGAAAUGCGGGUAUUCGGAGAUUGUACGAGUACUUCUGUCUACGAAAGUAGAACCUAAUGGUGAAGCUGGCGAGAGACGCACAGCACUGCAUUACGCCGCUCAAGAAGACCACCCCGAGGUUGUUAAGAUAUUGAUAGCUCAUGGUGCAAACGUUAACUCUCCUGACCCCACGAGAAACACCCCCUUACAUUUAGCAACGGUGCAUGACGGGUGCGAUGUUGCUAGAGUCCUGGUUGAAAAUAAAGCUGACGUGAAUGCUGAAAAUCGGUCGAAGUUUUCACCACUGCAUCUUGCGAUCAAUCGGCCUGAAAUAGUCACUCUUCUUUUAAACAACGGCGCAGAUGUUAAUGCCAAAGAUUCUCGAGGUAGAUCACCACUGAUUGUGGCUUGCAUGGCGGAAACACCGAAACUCAAGGUUGUCAAAUUGCUUCUUGAGGCUGGGGCGGACACCGCAACCGCCGAUCUCAUGGGCAAUACUGCAGUCUACCAUGCGAUUAAAAACGACCAUUUUGAUAUAGUUCGCCUAAUCUGUGAGAAUUAUCGCUACGCAGAAGAGUUCCAGCAAACUCUAGUCCAAAAUUCGAGGUGGGCGGUAGAACUUUCUCGGACCCCCAUGCUUGAGUAUUUUCUCGAGCGCGCGUUUAGGCUGAAAAUUGACGUCGCAAAUCUACGGGGACCGGUUGGAGAAACCUUGAUGCAUGUACUCGUGGCAUCUCCGGAAUUUUCACGUCUCUUCCCUGAAUGGGAACCAAAACUUCAGUGGUCACGAAUAGUUAACGAAGUCGACAACGACGGAUGCACAGCGCUAUAUGACAGUGCAUGUUAUACUAAAUUAGACACUGCUAGGACUUUGCUAAAUAUUGGAGCGGAUAUUAACCUGGGGAAUGAGAAUGGCUGGACACCGUUACAUGCAGCUUAUGACUCUGCGGAAUUCUCUGAACUACUGAUUUCAGAUGGUGCUGAUAUAAAUGCUUUGAACUCCAGCCACCACACUCCUUUGAUGCUAGCUUGUAUAAACGGCUACCUGGCGACUGUCGAAGCCUUGUUAAAGCAUCGUCCCAAGCUUGAGCUAGAAGACCUUUUAGGAUAUACUGCGCUACACCUUUCGGCCUCCGGCGGGCGAUAUGAUAUAACAAAACUUCUUUUAGAGGACGGUGGAGGAUCUGUUGCGAACAUUAGUAUAAGAGAUAAAACAGGAAAUACGCCACUGCACCUCGCUAUCAAACAGGGCCAUCCAAGUGUUGCAGAACUGCUUAUAAAAAAAGGUUCUGACAUAGGAGCAAAGACUGAUCUUGAUGAAACAUGUUUAGACUUGGCAAUGCAACCAGCUGUGAAUCCUAAUGGUGAAUUAUUAAGGAUCUUACUGGCGAGGGAUAAGACCGAUAACCCUCCUCUUUGGUCGGGGGAGGAUUUGGGACGGCUCAUCGCAAAACACUUCGAUGGCGGGCUAGAUCAAAGGAUUUUUCCUAUUUUGGAGGCUGAACCGGGUCUACUUACUAGUGGAGUUUUGGACCCUCUACUACUCGGGCUCAUGCAUUCGUGGCAGGAAUUUGAAGACACCCAAGAGACUAUCGCGCUCGAAUUACUGGACAAAGGAUUUGACCCAUUCAAAACCCGAGUCGGCUCUAAACUCUCAGUAUUCCAGUCAGCCUUUAUCUUAAGGGAGAAGCCACGGCAAAAGUUCAUCGAUGCCUGUAUGGCUAAGUUACCACAAAAUAUUGAGGACUGUGGUAGCGGUUUUAGAGAGCUGAGAACAGCCAUCGAGUAUCGCGACCGAAUCCUCUGGCGACAAUUCCUACCCCUUUUAGACUCUGCAUCAAAAAUACGUGACGAGGAUGGUUGGACGCUCGAUCAUUUUAUUUACCAGUCUCAAGUACUGGAUUCACAACCUUUAGUAAAGUCCGAUCGAAUCCCGGAAUCUUUCACAAUAAGCCCUAAAUCGUUGACACUACCGGAUAUUUGGCGGAGAUGGAAUCGGCGUAGAGAUCUUGAUGUCGGCAAUAGAUUCGAUAUAAGCGACAACGGCCUUGUUGUUACAUUUACAGACGGAAACCGCCGUGACGAGUAUGACAAUCCCACAUAUUUCGCCUGCAGCCUUCGAUCAGACCACCCAUUCCCGCCACGAGACACUGAGAAGAGUUACUUCGAGAUCGAGAUCCAAGGUAUCGAGGCAGAAGGUGGCUCCACAGAAUUAAGUACGGUCCUUAUAGGACUCUGUGGAGAAUUAUCAUUCUUGGCAAAUGCUGGACCUGGUUGGAAUAUAUGGACAUUGGGAUAUCAUGGAGACGACGGGGGUAUGUUCGAAGAACAUGGCAACAGGUAUCGCUAUGAGGGAACGAAGUUUGGAAUAGGGAACACAGUUGGGUGUGGAGUAGACUAUGAACUUGGCGACUACUAUUUCACACUUGACGGGAAGAUUGAAGCGCGAUUCAAGGGUGAUAAUCAGUUUUUGAUUUCGCGGAAGUUGUACCCAGUGGUAGGCCAUUGGGGUCGCGCGUGUAAAGUUCUUGUUAACUUCGGCCAAAAGCCAUUUAAAUGGACAGGUGAGAUCUGA